AAAAAGAAAGGAGAGAGGGGUGGAGGAGAGAAACCCUAGGCUUGGCUUGGCUUGGCUCCAAGCUUCGCCGCCUCCACGACGGCAUAAACCCCACGCUUCUCGCAGCCAUCGCCUCGAGCUGAGGGGAGCCGCAAUGGCCGGGAAGAAGAGGCCGCCGACCGCGCUCGCGGAGCCCGAAGCCGCCGGCGGGCCCUCCUCGCAGGAAGUGGCCGCCGCAGCGACCGCGGCGGCGGAGGCGCCGGCGAAGAAGAAGAAGCUGGCGAUGGAGCGGAAGAAGCAGCGGAAGGAGCUCGACAAGGAGAGGCACCGCCAGCCCGCUGAAUCGGACGCCGCUGCUAAGCCGAAGCCGCAGCAGGAGCCCGUGGCGGCGGCGGCGCCUGCCCCGCCUGCUCCGGUGGUGUCGGGGCCUGGGCUUCAUAUGAACGUGUUCAGGGACCUGGCUUCGCCGGAGGCGUCGCAGAGGGAGGCGGCCGCGGAGGCGCUUGUGGCGGAGCUCCGGCAGGUGCAGAAGGCGCACGAGAAGAGUGGGCGGAAGGGGGGGAGUGGAGCGGAGGGUGGAGACGCGCCGCCGAAGAUGGAGGCGGAGAAGGACGAUGGCCUGGAGAACUGCGCGCCGUCGGUGGGCUAUGCCAUCCGGCGGCUCAUUCGCGGUAUCUCUUCUUCUAGAGAGUUUGCAAGGCAAGGAUUUGCAUUAGGUCUCACAGUUGUGCUUGAAUCAAUUCAUGCAAUCAGCGUUGAAGCAAUCAUGAAGUUGAUACCUAAAUUGCUAGAAUAUUCAGCUUCAAUGAAGGGGCCGGAAGCCAAGGACAAUCUUUUGGGACGAUUGUUUGGCUUUGGAUCAAUUGUUAGGUCUGGUCGGUUGUCAGGACAGUGGGCACAUGAAAAGGGUUCUCCAAUUGUCAAGGAUUUUGUGAACGAGGUUGUCAAACUUGGUAGCACGAAACGAUAUUUAACUGAGCCUGCUGUAGCUGUUAUCCUGGAUUUAGCUGGAAAGCUGCCAGAAAAAGCUAUACUAUCUGAGAUUCUCGAAGCUCCUGGUGUGCAAGAUUGGUUCAAUAGAGCUUCUGAUGCUGGAGAUCCAGAUGCACUCUAUCUGGCUUUAAAGUUGCAAGAAAAAACAAAUGCCCAGAAGGAGAUCUUUGGGAAGCUUCUGCCAUAUCCAUUCAGCCCAGAAUUUUUUUUUGCCGAAGAGCAUCUUCUUUCAAUUGCUGCUUGUUUUAAGGAAUCCACCUUCUGUCUUCCACGCAUUCAUAGUCUGUGGCUUGUUAUCACGGACAUGCUUGUUCGAGAGGCAGCUUCACAGAAUGACACUGUCACAAGCUCAAGCAAGAAGCACAAAAAGAACAAAAAAGGCAGCUCCUCUGAGGAUACAAAAAAGAAUCUACAUACUUUCUGUGAGGUCAUAAUUGAAGGAACAUUGCUGCUCUCAUCCCAUGACAGGAAGCAUUUGGCAUUUAAUAUUCUUCUUAACCUCCUUCCUAAGCUAUCCCCAUCUUCAAUUCAAGUAAUUCUGUCCAGCAAGGUUGUUCUUGGUUUGAUGGAUGUUCUGUCAAAUGAAUCGUCAUGGUUGCACAAUGCCGGGCAACAUUUUCUGAAGGGGUUAGUAAGUUUAGUGAGUGAUGACAAUGACCGGCGUGUUGCUUUUAUUAUUAACUUGCAGAAGUAUAGUAGUGGAAGAUUUGACUGCAUGACAAAAACGAAAACUGUUAAAGAUUUGGUAACCAAGUUCCGAAGUGGUCAAGAUUGCCUGUGCCUCGUGCAGAGUUUGAUGUCACUCUUUGUAGAUGAAAGCUCUGUUACUGAUGAACCAUCUGAUCAAAGUCAGACAACUGAUGAGAAUUCAGAAGUUGGUUCAAUUGAAGAUAAGGACCUUUUUGGCCAAGGGAGUGCUGACCUUUUGAAGAGUUGGAUAGUGACUACAAUUCCUUGUGUUUUGAAAAAUCUAAAGCUGACAUCUAAAGGGAAUUCACUGACAGAUUCUGAAAUGGUUAAGUGUAUCGAAGAAAAAUUCCAAGUGCAGACUGAGGUAUUGAAAUUCCUUGCAGUUCAAGGUCUUUUUUCAGCAUCUUUGGGAUAUGAGGUGACAUCAUUUGAGCUGCAUGAGAAGUUCAAAUGGCCAAAGCCAGCUAUAUCAACAUCAACACGUAAUGAAUGCAUUGAACAACUUCAGUUCUUAAUAGAAGAUGCACAGAAGGAUGAGGCUUUACAUGUUAGCGAGAUUAAGUCUAAUGACCUGGGCUUCUACUUCAUGCGUUUCAUCAACACCCUUUGCAACAUUCCCUCAGUUUCACUCUUCCGGACCUUGAGCACCAAUGAUGACAAUGCAUUUAAGAAGUUACUGGAUGUAGAAUCUUUGCUUUUCUACGAGGAAAGAAAAGUUGGCCCUGGCUUGGAUUCGACUAAAAUGCAUGCAAUGCGUUAUCUCCUUAUUCAGUUGCUCCUCCAAGUUCUUCUCCAUCCGGAUGAGUACUGGGAGGCAGCAAUUGAUGUGACUAUAUGCUGCAAGAAAUCGUUCCCUUCCAUCAUUCAGAAUGACAAAUCCAGUGGACAACCCUCUAAUGAGGGUGGUGCAGAGGAGUUUAAUGAGGAUGGGUCGGGCAAGUCUAACGAGAACGGACUGGAGGAGACUAAUGAUGACACAUCAGAGGAUUCCAAUGAGGAUGGACCACUAGAGUUUAUGGAUGUACUUGUCCAGACAUUUCUUUCUGCUUUGCCUCAUGUGUCUGGCCCUGUAUGUUUCUCCAUUGAACAGGUCUUCCGACUGUUCUGUGAUGAAAUUACAGAAACAGGACUUCUUGAUAUGUUGAGAGUUGUGAAGAUAGAUUUGAAAGGUUCUCGUCACCAAUCAGGUAGUGAUGAUGAUGAAGAUGAUGCGUGUGUUGAUAUUGAGGAUGAUGAUGAAACCGUUGUGGAGGACGCGGAGUCUGGGGACACUGACUCUGCUGCUGGCGGACUGGAUGAGGAAAUGGGUGAUGAUUCAGCUGAUGAAGUUGAUGAAAGUCAAGAUGAUUUGAAUGAAACAGUUGAUCCUGAGGCAAAAGAUGGAGACGGUGCAAAAGCUACCAAAGAUGGGGAUGAUUCAGAUGAUUCAGAUGGUAUGGAUGAUGAUGCUAUGUUCCGCAUUGAUCCUUACAUUGCAAGGAUUUUCAAGGAGCGCAACCUUCCUGGCAGUGAAACUAAGCAAUCCCAACUUAUGCGGUUCAAGCUCCGUGUCCUUACAUUACUCGAGAUUUAUCUUCAGAGGAAUACAGGAAAAAAUCUGGUGCUGGACGUCUAUUCUUUCUUAAUGCAAGCUUUUGUUAAGUCACAUAGUGCUGAUGGCAGCGAGCAAUUUAAGCAACGCAUAGGUGGUAUAUUGCAGAAAAGGAUAUUCAGAGCAAAGGAUUAUCCAAAGGGUGGUGAUGUUGAAUUUAGUACCCUUGAAAGUUUGUUGGAGAAAGCUCUAAAACUGGCAUCACGGUCACGAUACAACACAGUUGCUUCUGUUGCCCAAAAUGCUACAUUUUGGCUUCUGAAGAUCAUCAAUUCAAAGAGCUAUUCAAAACAAGAACUUGCAAGUGUGGUGGAUAAGUUCCAAUACAUAUUGACUGACUACUUCAACAAUAAGAAAUCACGGUUGAAGCUUGGUUUUGUGAAGGAGGUUGUCCGGAGGAAUCCCUGGAUAGGAGAGGAGCUCUUUGGUUUUGUCCUACAGAAGAUUGGAUGCACAAAAGCUGAAUAUCGAAGAGUUCAGGCACUGGAAUUGAUAGACUGCAUACUCAAAUCUUGGGCUGGCGAUGAUUCAAGUGCAUCAAAGGUGUUGAAGAAGCACCUGUCUCAGCUGUGCGAGCUGAUACAGGAUGUUCUUACAAAGAUCCCAGAAAACAAGUCACGCCGUCAAGAAGUCCGGAGAUUUUGCACCCGAGUUUUGCAGACAGUGACAAAGCUUAACCUCAAAGAACGCUUUCAGAAGAAACUAAAUCCUGAAACACUCUCUCUUUGUGAGGCACAGCUAGGAGCUGCUUUUGUUCGCUUUAAAAAAUGAAGAGACUAUCAGUUCCCUUUCAAAAAUGGUAGUCACUAGAAAUAUUUUGAGCUGAGCUAGUUUUGUUUCUCAUUUCAGCUACAUGAGAGUAGAUUCUAUCAAACUAAGCUGUAUUGUUUUUGACAGUCUGAAUCAAAAAAGAGAUUUACUGGUA